CUCGCCUACAUGUUGUGUGACCAUCAAGAGGGUGGCCCUCUCAGGGCUCUUCAGUCUUCCACCACCACCACCACCACCCUCGCGACGGCCUUACUUCCUCGACCGACAGGUGACCGACACGAUGCCCUCAGUCACCCGCAGCAACACUGUGCUCGGCAAGCGUCCUCAUGCUGCCGAGUCCUCGACCCCCGCCAGCACCGACACGAAGCAGCAGCUGCAAACCCCCGACAACACGCCCAACCCGAAACGCCCUCGUACUUCCGGCCUCGUCCUUGAUGGCGACGGUAAUAAAGAAAAUAUCCCACCCUUCGUCAUUGCUCCCCUCCCGUCGCCCGCCUCGCCUCGCGCAGCGCGUGCGCUUAGACGCUCUUCCACGUUAGAUGGCUCUCCGACACGCUCCCGACAAGGCGUCGUGCGACGCGCUUCGACAUCCCUCAUCCCCGGCACACCAACGGCCGAGAUUGCUCAACUCACACUCGUCACCCCACCGCCUACCCCUCCAACCAUCUUGCUGCCCAUAUAUGCACGCGCCCGCGCUUUGCUUCGCUCCACUUGCAAUAGCCCUGCCACCGACAUGACCGGUCGCGAGGCCGAGCACGCGUUACUAUCCGCGUUUUUCUCAACUCUCGUGCAGGACGCACCUGAUGUCGAGCAGACCAGUCUAUACAUCUCUGGGUCGCCUGGAACCGGGAAGACUGCAUUGGUGAACUCGAUUCUACGUGACCUCGACGUCCAGCAAGUCAAGGUCAUCACUAUCAACUGCAUGGCAUUGAACUCGCUCGAUGUGCUCUGGGACCGACUGAUUGAAGAGCUUGGCGGUAAUAAGGAUAAGAAGAAGGGAGGCAAUCGCAUGAAGAAGGUGCAAGGAAGGGAGACGGUCGAAGCAUUGCUGGCAGCUUCUUCAACUAAACGUAUCAUCUUCCUCGACGAGUUAGACCACAUCGCACCCACAGCACAGACUCUAACAUCUCUAUUUUCCUUGUCUGCGUCUCGACCAUCCACACUACGGGUCGUUGGUAUCGCAAACACACACACGCUAACUGCGUCCUCAGCGACUGGAUUCGUGCCUACCUCCAGCAAUGUUUCCACGAUUCAUUUUCCCCCUUAUACCCCUGCUCAAUUGCUAUCUAUUCUCCAAAGCCGGCUUGCUCCCUUAUACGCCGAGGGCCCGGGUGAGGACGAGGAGGAAGCGAAACGCGCGAGCGAGGAAGCCAAGAAGUUCUUGAGCCCCAAUGCCCUGACUCUUCUCUCGAAAAAGGUGGCCGCACUGACCGGUGACGUCCGGAGUCUGUUCGAAGUCUUGCGAGGCGCGAUCGACCUCGCCGUUGCUGCUCAAUCCGCACCGUCGCCCACGCGCUCAGAAAGCAACCCCCUCAAUCCCGCGGUCAAGUUGACUGUAGCGCCAUCUCACAUUUUGGCUGCACUGAAAGCCCAUUCGGUGUCAUCUCACAACGCGUCCAAGGGCGCUCCAGCAAACAGCGAAAUCGUGUCGAAAAUCCGGUCGUUGGGCCUGCAAGCACGUCUUGUCUUGCUCGCUCUGCUGCUGGCUACGAAGCGACUAGAAGCUGGCCUGCGACUCUCUACCACGGCUGUGCGAUCCAGCGCGACCGACCCAGCACAAUUGCAUGCCUUCUACACCUCGAUCAUGUCUCGGUCGGGGGAUGGCAUGUUCUCAGCCGUGUCGCGGAGCGAGUUCAACGAUCUGAUCGGCAUGCUCGAGGGUCUUGGUCUGGUGGCUUGCGCUUCACCCGCCGGAUUGCCGGGUGCAGUUCCGCAGGGAGCCAAAGCCAAACGCGCAUUCGGGCGGUCUUCGUCUUUCACGCAGGGUGCCAACCGAAGUGGGGGCGGUGCGAGCGAUGUGCAGCUGGCUGCGAUUGUCCGACAUGAAGAGCUUUUGCGGGGAUUGGGAAUUGACGAAACCGAGAUGAUCGCGGAAGACGUCGCGGUUGAAGAAAUCAACGCGAUCUGGGUAAAAGAAACGGCGAGGCUUACUCGCGAGAUGGCUGCGAAGGUCAAGACGACCAAAGAGAAGGUCGUUGCAGGAUUCGAGGAUGCCAUGGAACCGUAAUGUUUCCGGGCUACCGUUACUACUACUAUCUACACUCUACAGCAGUCAGUGCUCCGAGGAUUGUUUCGAAACGACGAAUUACAAUUAUGUUAUGUGUAUGUGCAUGUACUUUUUUUCUUAUUUCCACGUCUAUUUGAGCUGUUUGAACAACCUAAAGCGCUCCAUAACUCAGUAUAAAUACACGAUGUACGUAUUACUACUACAUUCGACCUGAUAUCGUGCCAAGUACAUCUCAUAAAAAGUACUCCGGGAGCUACACGAAGAGGCUCAGCGGGUCGCGUAUGCGUCGGAACGAUAACAACCACCAAAACGUACCUUGCCAUUGGCGUUCUGCGCGGCUUGCUGAUUCGGGCCGUCUCUCUCGUUCUCGGGCGCGGCCUCGAAGACGUUGAAGAACAUGCCUCCGCCGGGGCUCACUUCCAGGAUGCUCGCGGAGUUGCCGCAGCGGUAGCCUUGGCGUGGCGGGGCAGGGAAUCAGCCGGGAUCGGGCGAAGGGAUAGACUGGGUGGGACGCUUACAGUAAUUGGGCGCGGACCACACCGUGGAGAGGUGCCUGUCGAAGAGUGAGGUGUAGCCCUCCAUGCACAGCUGGUGCGCGCGCAGGAUGUGCGACAUCUGGUUCAUCUCGAGGAACUUGUGCACCACCCCAGAGCCGAACGUGUAUCCCGCGCCUCUGCAGUGUGUUGCGUUAGUGUUGGUGUUGGGCGGAACUCGGGCCUGACGCGCACGAGACGAGACACGCACCUUGGUGAGAUGGCAAAGUCCUCCUUCUCCGCGUCGGGGUCAGACCAGACGAGGUCCGCUAUCGGGCCGUCCGGUGGGAUCUCCCUGAAGCGGUCAAGCACCUUGAUCUGGUCGAUGGAGUGUAUUGACGGGGAGAGACCUGCGGCACCGGUUGGUUCACAUGGAAGCAUGGCGGGCAUAGCAUGGCACACACCUCCGUGGACACAGAAUACGCGAUCGUCGAUUACGACGGAGAGCGUGAGGAAGUCGAACAUGUCCGUGAAGUACGUCCAGGCGUGGCUGGAGCCGUACUUCCGCAUGCAUUCCGUGUAGAAGCCGUAGUUCUGUUGCAGGGUGGGGAUAGAGAGGACAUAUCUUGAGAUAUGGAAGGACGGGCGCGGGGGGAAGACGAACCUGCGUCACGGCCCGGGAUUCGUGGUUUCCUCGAAUCAGCUGCACUCUAUCUGGGUAUCGCAGCUUCAGGCACGUCAAUAACGAGAUCGUCUCAACGCUGAAUAGUCCCCGGUCGACGUAGUCUCCUUCAAGACAUGGUUCAGAGCGCGCGCGCGUACGCCAAAGACGGAGGAACGGACCAAGGAACAGAUAAACUGGCUUACCGCCACCCUCUUAGCACACAUAGACGAGCGGGAAUCUGCAAUAGCACACACCCGUGUAUGUCCCCGACGACUGUCACUGGCGCGCUAACGUGCACGACGUUGGACUCGCGCAUCAGCACCUCUUUCGUCUUGGUGCAGAUCUCCCGAAUGACGACCUCGUGCAGGAGCUGUUUGCGCAGCAGUUGCUCGAUGCAUGCAUCGAGGUCGAGAGGCGCCAUGAAGAGGGCUUUUGGAUUUGGAGAAGGGCAAACUUGGAGCUGACUCGACGGAGCUGACUCAUUCGCUCAGUGUCGAUGUGAUUCCCAUCUACCUGCCGUGGCAUUGCAUGGCCUUGUAUGUAUGUAAGUAGUUGGUAUGUACGUAGCUUGUCAAAACGAGUCCAGCUGCCCGCCGUUUGUAUGUUCUAGGAUUACAACUGCUGCCUGAGAUCGUGCGCUGGCAUCCGCCAGUCGGAUUAGAAACGCUAUAGGCCUCCAGUCCUAGCUACGACUGUCGUGUUCGUGCUGCACAUCGCCUCCAACGCAGAGAAGACCAUCGCAAAGCUUGACGUCACGGAAGGUCUUGGAUUGUAUCGGUUCAUACUGCCGAGUGACGUAUUGGACCAAGCGCCACCGAAGCAGACUUGAAGGAGACUGGACAUCGGUACAGUGAACAGCCGUAGUGGUGACUAUGUGUCCGUGAAGUAAUGGUCCCAGGAGAUGAUGGGCCUAUUAUCCUACAGUAUCCAGGGCGCAACAUGGAGAUCCUAGAGCGGUCACUUCGCUCAAACACCUGCCUUUGCAUCCGCGUCCCAUCGUCCUGUCCAGUCCGGUCUUUCUUGAUUCGGACCCUGCCCUUCAAUAGGCAGGCGGAUUUCGGUAGAUAGUAUUCGUAGACAGAAGCAAGACCGUAUUCCAUCGGCUCGACGGGGCGCUACAAACAAACGGCAGGACGCUCAGUACCCAGCAGAGUCCAGCUUGCACACGGGUCGCACAAUCAGCCGAUCUUUUCGAUCCGCAGCUUCAACCUCCUUGAGCGUUGCCUUGUACUCAAGGAUCACCGAAGAGAUUGAAUCUGGCAGCGGUCGCACCGGCAGUGGCCUGCACUUCCGUAGCUGAAGCAAUGGCCAAGGCCAAGCAGAGUCAUUGAUUGCAGCGGCAAGAGGUAAGCCCAAAGGCCGCGUCGAUCGAGAUCCCCAGUGAGAAGAGCAGAACCAGUCAAACUUUCCGCGGUAGAGUAUGGGGGUCAUGCCGCGUAUGGACCGGUCGGAUCCUGAUGCACAGAAUCCUGGGCCAGCAUUCUGCACUCGGCCGUGGUAGAUCUGGUCUCCCGUAGCUAGUGCACACAAAAACCGCAGUUUAAGCUGUGAUAGUGAUAGUAGGCCUCAUCGGAGUGAUGGUAAAGGAAUCAGGAUUGUCG